AUGGGCCAGGCUGCAAGUACGUCUCACUGGAGAGAAGAUUAUUAUAUUACGGAGCUCUAUGAGUGGUUCAGAAUGUUCAUUAAUAAAUGCCCAAGUGGACUCAUUACGCUUCACGAGUUUCAAAGACAUUUCUGUAAUGUAACAGUGGGCAAGGAAUCAGCUGAAUAUGCAGAACAAAUAUUCCGCGCGCUGGAUAAAAACGAGGACGGGUUAGUAGAUUUCAGAGAGUAUGUCAUGGCCAUCAACAUGCUCGUAGAAGGUUCAGCAGUGGAAAGGCUCCGCUGGUCCUUUAAGCUCUUUGACAAAGAUGGGGAUGGUGCAAUCAUAAGGGAGGAGAUGCUCGGCAUUAUGCAGGCUGUUUUUAAGAUGAAUGAAGCAGCAGGUUUAACUGAACCAAACCCCCUGACAGCUGAGGAAUGUACUGACAAGAUAUUUUUUAGAUUAGACAAAGACAACAAUGCUGUCAUCACUGUGGAUGAGUUCAUAGAGGGAGCAUUGGAUGAUGAUUGGAUCAGAAAGAUGCUGGAAUGUGAUCCCUGCACAGCGAGGGUGGAGAGGACCCUGAAGAGGGAUUCCACAGUCGGGCUCCAUGAUUGAUGUAAUCAUGUUUAGUCAAUUCAACAGUUUGUGAUUGAAACUAUAAGAACAGUUACUUACAAGUAGAUGCAGUUAAAAUUCAUUACUGUCUAAUUUGUUGUUAAAUUUCCAUCAGCUCAAACGUCUUUACAAGAAAACUGGACAAUCAAUACACAAAUAAAUGUAGUUAUCAACUCACUUUAUACAAGGACCAAAUCAAUGCAGCCAAAUCAACUUACUAUUCUGGUCUCAUUACAGCUAAUCAGCACAACUCUUAAAAACCUGUACUCACUCCUAACCAAAAUCACUAAGCCACCCGAUCUACUCCCUCGUCUCAUGCGCUCUGCUAACCUUUGUAAAGCAAUCCUGACAUUCUUCUCCACAAAAAUUACUGACAUUCACCAAUCCCUGACUCACCAAGGAGCUGCAGUUUCUGGGACUGUCCCUACUCCCUUUCAUGUUCCUCUCAUCAGCCCCCUUUCCAGAUUUACCCUUCCCUCACUCCCAGCUAUCUUUGACAUCAUCACAAAAUCCAAACCCACUACAUGUCAUCUUCAUCCUCUUCCCACUGCCCUCAUCAAAACCUGUCUUCCCUCAAUUGUCCCCCUCAUCACUACUAUCAUUCACUUCUCACUGAUAUCCGGUACAGUUCCUCCAUUUCUCAAAACUGCUUCCAUCCAGAAACCCACCCUUGAUCCCACCAAUUUCAAUAACCUCCGCACCAUCUCCAACUUAACUUUCAUUUCCAAAAUUCUUGAAAAAACUGUCGCAUCCCAACUCCAUAACCACCUAAUUACCAAUGACAUUUACAAGCGUUUCAAUCUGGUUUCAGCCCCCUCCAUUGCACUGAAACAGCCUUACUUAAAAUUACAAACGACCUCCUCAUAGCAUCCGACUCUGGUCUAUUAUCAAUCCUUGUCCUUAUCGAUCUCAUUGCCGCCUUCGACACCAUUUCCCACACAAUCCUUCUCGACCGGCUCUCCUCCCUUGGUAUCACCCACACACCCCUUUCCUGGUUCACUUCCUACCUGUCCGACCGCACACAAUUUGUCAAAUUCAUCCCCCAUUAAUCCAAAUCCCUCACUGUCUCCGCUGGCAUGCCCCAGGGUUCUGACCAGGGCCCGCUCCUCUUUAUCAUUUACAUUCUGCCCCUCGGUUCCAUCUUCCACAAACACAUUAAUUUCCACUGUUACGCAGAUGACACCCAGCUCUACAUUUCCUCAAAACCAACCUCCUCCAUUCCACCUUCCUCCCUCACCCUCUGUUUAGAUGACAUUAACUCUUGUUUCUCCUCUAAUGUCCUCCUACUCAACAGCUCAAAAUCAAAAGUCCCCCUAGUUGGAACCACUGCCAAGCUCUCCAAUGUCAAUAAGUUCUCCAUUACCAUUAACAAUGUACCGAUCUCUCCUUCCACACAGGUUCAAAGUCUGGGUGUCAUCCUCGACAGCACGCUC